AUGAAUAAUGAUUAUGACAGUAAUCUGUCUUUGGCAACUGGAGGUUUCGAUCAUACAAUACGAAUGUGGCAACCAAGCACGGGGAAGUAUAUUCAAGGUUUUCAGCAUAGUGAGUCCCAGGUGAAUACCUUAGCUUUUUCUCGUGAUGGACAGUAUCUGGCUGCUGGUGGUUAUGGACGAGUUCGUGUUUAUGAUGUUCAAGGUCCUGGAACACCUUUUGUUAUGGUCUCGGACUUUACGAAAAAUGUGAAUACUGUAGGGUUUAAUGAUACGGGAAACUGGAUGUUUGCAGGUGCAGAGGAUCGUGUAGCAAAGAUCAUCGAUUGGCGAGCUGGUGGGAACUUAUGGAUAACUCGUAUUUAUCAGACUUCUUCUAG